AUGAGGUACACUCCAAUUGUCGCCUUUGUUGGAGGUCUACUUAUUCACGAGCGGAAAGCGCUAGAACACCCACCCGUUUGUAAACCCCGUGUUUUGGACAUCGAAAAAACCGUCGAGAAGGCGGAUAGGCUCAUCAAUGCAUUCAGAGAAACCGCUGGUGUUCCUGGCCUUUCAGUCGCGGCCUCCAUCGGUGGGAUCACGGUCUAUUCUAAAGGUGAAAUCAGUCUGAACAUAAUAUGCAUCUUUGUGCGUUAUUCUUGUUAG